AUGGACAUCGGCGAUGAGGAAGCCUUGGAACGCGCCUGGCAGGCCAUUGAACGCGCCGCCACUUCCGACGAGGACCUCGGCGAGACCAGAGAUUGCUUGGAAAAUUUGCGUGUUGCGAUGGCAAGAAAUAUCAAUGUGGAACUCCUCGGUGGCAAUGUGUGCACCUUGGCAGUGCGGCCAGACAUGACCAUUAGAGAGUUGAAAGAAGAAGUGAAGGCUUUCCAUCCUUCAGAGGAUGAGAUCACCCGGAUACUCAGCACCGUGGAGUUUUUCCUUCACGGGGAGAAGCUGAAUGACCUCCAGACGACCGUCUCAGAGUCUAUCCUCGACUCUGCCAACAUGCAGGUUAUCUUCUAUGUCAAGCCAGCAAUUCAGUGUGUCAACAGAUAUGGCCACAUGGUGGCGGAAUUGCGUGACGUACGCAUCCCUAGCACUCAAGCAUUCAUCGGACCACAGGCCUUCGCAGGAUGCCAUUGCUUGCUGCGACUCGUUAUCCCGGAGUCUGUAACUGACAUUGGAGAUUUUGCUUUUGCUGUCUGCACCUCGUUGACUAGUUUGACCAUCCCAGAGUCUGUGACUCAGAUUGGAGAUUGUGCUUUUGCUUGCUGCAGCUCCUUGACCAGUUUGACCAUCCCGGCGUCUGUGACUCGGAUUGGCGAUUUUGCUUUUGAUGAAUGCAGCUCUUUGACGAGUUUGACCAUCCCGGAGUCUGUGACUCGGAUUGGAGAUGAUGCUUUUGCUGGCUGCACCUCGUUGACUAGUCUGACCAUCCCAGAGUCUGUGACUCAGAUUGGAGAUAGUGCUUUUGCUUGCUGCAGCUCCUUGACGAGUUUGACCAUCCCGGCGUCUGACUCGGAUUGGAGAUGA